UUUCGGGACGCGUAAACAGAAAACUGUUUUUUCGAUGUUUGGUGAAGAUAUUUCUCAUAAAAAUUGUAGAAAAUCGUUGUAUUUCGCGUAAUUUAGUGUAAUUUCUUGGUCGUAACGGUAUUUCGCUGGGUAUCGCGCAAUUUCGGUUGAGUUUUAAGUGAUUUUCGGUCGGUUUUAAAGUGUUUUUUUUUCUCGUUUGUUGAUGUUUUCGUUCGUCGGUCAAAUUUGCGUCGUCGCGUUUCGGUAUUCCGAUCGAUUUUAAUUUUGUUUGUAAAUUUAAGGGGGAAUUUAAUCGUGUUACGAAUUUUUUGAUUCAAAAUGCCGCCAAGAAAAAAGUCAACGAGCAGCACGGAAUCGAGCAGCGGAAGCUCUUCGGAUUCCAGUUCCAGUGAUAGCAGCUCAAGCGGAAGCGAUUCUGGAAGUUCCAGCAGUGAGAGCGACUCAUCCAGCUCGCAAGAAACGACUACGGCAAGAACUAGCAACACCAACUCCAGCGCCAAUACUCCCAAAACCAAUGAAAAGGUUGUUCGCCGUCGCAGCUCGGAAAUGGCCAACAAUGCAUCCGGAGCCGCAUCCAAAACAUCAGUCUCAUCCGGAACCGUCAAGGAGGUGGACAAGGCCAGCGCAACCGCCAAAGUGAUCGCCCAAAAGCAGCAGAAACUCUCGAAAAGUUCCGUUUCCUCCAGCGAUGAAGAUUCCUCGCCGGAAAGCAAACCGGUCGUCCAGAAGAAGGUUCAGCAAGCGGAAGCCGCCAAAAAGAAGGCCCAGGAAAAGCAACCUGCCCAACAAGCACCGGUCGCUCCCCCAAUAACCGGCGGAAAGGUCCCUCCCUCCGUGAUCAAACAGCAACAGCAAGCUCACCAUCACCAGCAGCAAUCUCAACCGAAAUCCGCCCCUAUUACCAAGGGAGCGGCCAAAUCCGCCGGCGUUGGCGCCAAAGAACCGCCCAAAAUUACCCCUCCGAUAGCGAAAAAGGGUGGCGGUCCAAAUCCUGCGGCCUCUUCAGCACCGUCAACAAAGGCGAAGAAAAAGAGCAUUUUUUCGCCGGUCAAUUCUUCCGAGUCGGAAGAUGAGAAGGAAAAGCAACCGCAGAAGGACCGGAGGCCAUCGGCCGGAGGAGCCACGGCCAGUGUGGCGCCGAUGAGUUCUGCGACGGAGGGAAAGGCAACGGCGGGAGGAAAGGUUGCGACCGCGCAGAAAUCUGGCAAGGAAUCUACCGCUGCGACUGGGAAGGAGACGAGCAUGGAAAGUGCCGCAAGUCAGCAGCAACAGAAUCAACAGAGGGGUCGUGGUCGCCCUCGCAAAACCCCUGCUACUGGUGGCAGUACCGGAAGCAGCAGCACUAGCACCAGCACAACUACCACCACCACGACUACGAGCACAACCGGUCCGGUUACCAAACCAGUAGCCCUGGUCAAACCGCACGUGGUGUCAUCCACCCCUGCAACUGGUUCCAAAUCAAGCUCUACAACCUCAUCAACCCAACGCCAAACUUCCACUCAAUCGGCACAAAAACCGCCGGAAGAGGACAUUUCUUCCGCCACCUCCACUUCGACGGAUUCCUCUUCCGGAUCCGGCUCUUCGGACAGCGAUUCCGAUUCCUCAGAAGACUCGACUCCAUCGAACUCGGCCAACACGGCCGCGACGUCCGCAGCCGCACAAGAGCUCAAGAAGAGCAACGCCAACAUGAAGCGUCCGCUGGAGAGGACUCCGCAGAAAGGGAGCGGAGACGGGAAGGACGGUGGCGGAAGUGACAGUGAGGGCGAAGGGACGAAGCAGACGCGCAAGUUGACGAGGUCGUCGAGUACGCGCAAGUCGAAGCAUCUGCUGGGGAAGAAUGCUUCGGAGACGGAAUCGGACGGGGACAGUGUGAAGAGGUCGGCGUCCAAGAGUCCGGUGAAGAAGGCGCCGAUUGUGCCGACCAAGGGCAAGGCGAAGAACAGUAGCAAGAAGAAGGACGCUGUGGUGAAGGAGUUGAUGCAGGUCGAAGAACCCGAACCGGUGGAAAACCGCUGCCCUCUCGUAGCCUGCGACACGCUAGGCCACCUCGGUGGUCAGUUCGAGCGGCACUACACGCUGGAAGCGUGCCCAAUGUUCCACAACAUGUCCUCCCAGCACACCAAGGAUGCCCUCCAGGAGCGCAAACGUCGCGAAGAGGAACGCAAAAAGUGCACCCCGGUCUACGAGGGCUCCAAGAAGAUCCAAACGCCGGACCAGAAGGCCUACCUCCAGAAGAUCCGAGACAUCCGGCUUAAGUUCAAACCGAACCCACCCCCGAUGGAGAAGCCCCGACCCAUGUCCGAGCGGGACGAGAAUGAAAUCGAUUUGGAACCCAAGCUGGAGGGAAUCGUCCCCGACUACGAUCUGCAGCUGUUCCGGGAGGCGCAAGCCGCCGCCAGCGAGUGCAUGGAGAACGAACUGCGCGAGUUGGUCACGGGCAAGGGAACGCGGUUCAUCUCGAUGGGACGGCACAUCAUGCAGGUCUGGUACCAGAGUCCGUACCCGGACGAUGUGGCCCGGCUGCCGAAGCUGUACCUGUGCGAGUUUUGUUUGCGGUACCAAAAGUCCGAGGUCGGCAUGAAGCGGCACGCGGCCAAGUGCGUGUGGCGGCACCCGCCGGGCGAUGAGAUCUACCGGAAGGGUAAGCUGGGUGUGUGGCAGGUGGACGGGAAGCGGCACAAGCAGUACUGUCAGCAUCUGUGCCUGCUGGCCAAGUUCUUCCUAGACCAUAAGACGCUGUACUACGACGUGGAGCCGUUUCUGUUCUACGUGAUGACGUUGGCGGAUAGCGACGGGUGCCACACGGUGGGGUACUUCAGCAAGGAAAAGAACUCCUUCCUCAACUACAACGUGUCCUGCAUUCUGACGUUACCCCCGUACCAGCGCAAGGGUUACGGUCGGCUGCUAAUAGAUUUCAGUUACCUGUUGACGCGAGUCGAGGGUAAAAUUGGAUCUCCCGAGAAGCCGCUGUCCGAUCUGGGUCUGAUCUCGUACCGGUCCUACUGGAAGGACGUCCUGCUGGCGUACCUGUGCUCACGACCUGGGACGACGCUGAGCAUCAAGGAUAUCUCUCAGGAAAUGGCUAUCAAUUCCUACGAUAUCGUCAGCACACUCCAGGCCCUCGGAAUGAUGAAGUACUGGAAGGGUAAACACAUUAUACUCAAGAAGCAGGACGUGCUCGAGGAGUACGAGGAGCGGGUGAAGCGGCGCGGCAACAUGCCCAAGAUUGACCCGGCCUGCCUCAAGUGGACCCCGUUUGUGGCGCCAACGCCGUCGACGCCAUCCUCCUAGCGCCAGUCGUACCACCACCACCAUCACCAUCAUCACUCUUCGCUUCAUCACCACCAGCACCACAAUCCGUACGGGUCGUACUCGAAUCCGUUCGUCAACCAGUACCAUCAGUAUCCGUAUUCGCACCAUCACUUUAGCCAGUACUACAAUAAUAACAAUUAUUUGGCUGGCGGAGGUGGAGGUGGUGGUGGAGGGGGAGGGGGAGGAGGCGGAGGAGGAGCAGGGGGUCACCAAUCGUCCGGGGUGACAACGACCACGCACUAUCUGACGCACAGAGAUCGGGGAGUCUUCUAGGAAGGCUGAUGAGGAGGACGAAGAAGAAAUGCAUGCUUGUGUGUGUUUGUGUCUCUAGGAUAAUUCAACUCUAGCUUUUAAGUGAGAUAUUGUACGCAAUUGUAUCCAGUUUUUAUGAUAAUUAAGGGUAAACUUAUAAGAAGGCCCACUAUUUUAAAAACGCAUUUACUGCUAAACGGUACAAAGUGGUUUUAAAACGGUUAAGUUUUGUCUUUUAUUUGUGUGUGCAUUAACUUUAUGGAUAGGUUACCUUGGUUAGUGAAUGUAGUAGAAAAAUUAUCUGUUUGUUAGAUAUCAGCAAUUUAAAAAAUAAAUAAUUUAGCGCAUUAAAGAAAUAAUCCUGGUGUUUACGGAAAAGUAUUCCGAAAAAAUAUUCAAAAAUCUCUAUUCCAAGGCAGGAUCUCCCAAAUUCCAGAUCCAUUUCAAGUUUCCGUUAAAAUUGGGAUUGCAUUACUGGAUUGCAGCCCGUCUAGAUGCAGGGAUGGGUUGUAGAGGGUUAAGGUUGAACGAAAAAACUGGAUUUACUCCAGAUUUCUCAAAUAAAGUUGGUUGGUUUAUCUUAAAGAGCACACAUUCUUGAACAUCGAAAGAAAGGUCAAACAAAAUUUUGAA